AUGCUUCAGUCGUUUCGUCAGGGCAUUGAUAAGUCAUUAAUUGCCCGUCGUUAUGAUUCUCGUACCACAAUUUUCUCGCCUGAAGGCCGCCUUUACCAGGUCGAAUAUGCCAUGGAGGCUAUUUCACAUGCCGGCACCUGUUUGGGUAUUUUAGCUGAGGAUGGUAUUCUUCUGGCUGCCGAAUGCCGCAACACCAACAAAUUGUUGGACCCUAGCAUUUUCGCUGAAAAAAUCUAUAAGCUGAACGAUAACAUGGUGUGUUCGGUGGCUGGCAUCACAUCCGACGCCAAUGUGCUGACCAAUGAAUUGCGUAUCAUUGCUCAACGUUAUCAAUUCAGUUAUGGUGAAUCCAUGCCCUGUGAACAGUUGGUAUCCUAUUUGUGCGACAUCAAACAGGCCUACACCCAAUACGGUGGCAAACGACCAUUCGGUGUUUCCAUUCUCUAUAUGGGCUGGGAUAAACAUUAUGGCUAUCAAUUGUAUCAAUCCGAUCCCAGUGGUAAUUAUGGUGGCUGGAAGGCAACCUGCAUUGGUAAUAAUUUCGGUGCAGCCAUAUCACAGCUGAAACAAGAAUUAAGUGAAAAUGAAAAAAUCACCUUGGAACAGGCAAAAGAUUUGGCUGUUAAGGUGUUGAGUAAAACUUUGGAUACAACCAAAUUGACUUCGGAGAAAAUCGAAAUGGCCACACUGCAGAGAAUCAAUGACAAGACAGAAAUUAAGAUCCUAACCAAACCCGAUGUUGAGAAGUUAAUUGAAAAAUACAAUAAAAUGGAAGCUGAAGCAGAGGCUGCAAAGAAGGAAAAACAAGCUGCCCAAAAACCUUAAAUUG